AUUAUACAGUAUUAUGUUUUAUUGAUUUUACACAUUAUUUAUACAAAAUAUAUUUUUUAAACGCUCAAGUAUGGUAAAGACCGUGGGAUCGACACGAUCUGUUGGUGGACGCCGUGUAUCUGUCUCAGCAGCCAGCAUCAGUCACGUGUUUGUUUUGCAGUGAUCAAAGUGGCCAUUUCAUCUCACAGCAAUUUGCAGUGAACUUUGUCCAAGAAAUUUUGAACUGUAGUCAUGGCUCCAAAGCAUAGUGCUCUUAAAACUUUGGGAAGUGAUGCAAAGAGGCAGAAAAAGGUGAAGACCCUAGGGGGUCAAAAAGCUAUUCAUAAAUUUUCAGAUUUGCAAGGGGGCUGUGCUCCAGUCCCUCGCAAAUACAGAGGGCCGACUGUACCUGUUUUUUGCCAACUAAGAUGAAGACAUUCAUGACAUGGAUACAAAAAAAUGCAUAAAAAAUUCAUUUUUAUAUUACAUGAUUAAAUUCAACCCCAUCCUUUUACAAUUAUUCAUUUUAGCAGAUGGUUUUCUCCAAAGUGAUAGAUUAACUGGUGUUUAUCUGACACCCCAAAAUGGAUAUCGAAGGUUUGUACACAGUCUGUGCAGUUCAGUAACUGUGCUCACUGAGGAUGGAUGAGUGUAGAAGUGCAAAAGACAAUAAGUUCUGAUAUUCCGCUGCAUUCUCCCCACAGGCAGCAACGCUGAUAAGUGUGUACUUUGAACACACCUCUGCGGUGACAUGUUGCAAUAACAUUUUGUCUAAGGAAGGCAUUUAUCUCACACAUGUGAGAUGUGUGAGGUUACAUUACACUGGUGAGGAGGAAGAAAUCUGUUUCCUGUGCAGUUUUGACUUUAGCUGAAAUCGGAGGCUUUUUUUUUGCUGAUGUGGUUCCUGCUUCCUGCCUGUCCAUGGUGUCCACUGAUAGGCUUUGACUUCAUAACCACAGAAGUUGAGAUGCAGACAUCACUUAGACUGAUUUCACCAACAAGCAUGUUUUUCUCAAUACUUCUCACCAUGGCAUGUCAGAACCAGGUGUUUUUCAGAGUUUCAGAUGUAUAAAAAUUAAACUCCACAAAAGAUGUGCAAAAAACCUACAAAUACAGCACUUCAACUACAAUCUGCAGAAUAAGGCUCUGGUAGGACUUCAAAAUGUCCUGUGUGCUUGCACAGGUCUUAUGUAAAAGAUAGUUGCGUCAAGAGAGCUAAAGAUAGCGCUCCCCCUUCAUCGACCCCCCCGACCCAGUCCGGGACUCCCACUGCCCGGCGCCGCUGUGCUAAUGCCAAAAAGGGGCGAGGUUUUGCUGAAGGAGGCGGGUAAAUACGAACCUUUGCUAGGCAGUGACGUCAUUGUGAUGCAAGUUCACUUAAUUAUUGUGGUGCACAUACAGCACUUAAUUGGCCCCGUCUGGGCAGGAGGGUAAGAGGAGCGCUCGCAGACACCAGGCAUGGCAGUCACCGGAGAUGACACUGAAUCGUCAGCUGCCACUGGCGACGUUCCAGCCUACCAGAUUCGCACCCCUGCCACCAACUUGCCCCCAGGCGUGGUAAUGGCUGCUUCACCUGGCACCCUACACAGCCCUCAGCAGAACACAGAGGAGGCCACCCGCAAGCGGGAGGUGCGCCUCAUGAAGAACAGGGAGGCAGCUCGGGAGUGUCGCCGGAAAAAAAAGGAAUACGUGAAAUGCCUGGAAAACCGGGUAGCUGUGCUAGAAAACCAAAACAAGACACUGAUAGAGGAGCUGAAGGCCCUGAAGGACAUCUACUGCCACAAGGCGGAGUAGUGGGCAGCUCAACCAGACUGCGGGCGCCACGGUCCCAGACGUCGCACAUUUGGCCCUGGCCAUUUCCGAGAACCCAGCAAAGUGUGUCCCGACUUCCGGAAGGAGGCUGAGGCCUGUUGAAAUCCACCCCCCAGCUGCACUGCCCCUCACAUGUGAUGUGCAUGUCUUCCGUGUCACUUCCUGGUGCUCGUUGGCGCCCAGGAUGCCCGACCCGCUUUGCUGCAGGUCCUUGACAGGACGCCGGGUGUGAGUUCCAGUACCUGCAGGAUGCGUCCAGGAUGACGAGCUGAGCGUGCCAGUCCAGACGCAGUGCCCCUCCUGGUGCAGGGCGGCACCCCCCCAGUGUAGCCCCAGCUCCGGUCUGUUGUGCUUCUUGUGCUUUGCCGCUCUUUUCUGUAUAUAACAUUCCUCUGUAUGAUGAACUAAAGUGCUGUGAAGAAGGAGAAGGUGGAGGAAGAGCGUAAAUGGACAUCAGAUUGUUCGUCGCCCCACAGAGACAUUAUAUUUCAAGUAUUUUUCUAGAGACCUGUGUUGCGUAGCUAAACAAUCAGUCCACCAGCCGUAAUUUAUAUUAUCAAAAGUUUUCCAGUCCUGUGCAGAAGUGUCAUUUGAAUGUAAAAGCGCUUUGACUCCAGGCUCUGGAGUGCUUGUCGAAGGCCGAACAGGUGUCCGUGUUACUGCCACCUACUAACGUCCCCCUGCGAGGGCAUUUUUAUUAAAAUGGGCUUUUGGUCA